AGGAAAACAAAAUCGCUCUUCAGUCUUGUUUUGCGCGUCUCGUAGUGUAGUUAGGGUAAUGCUCAACGUUCAACGACAUGCCGCCACUCUUCCUCCUCCUUCUCGUGGCCGCCGCCGACGCCGCCAGAAACGUCAACGUCUCCAAGUGCUGCCCCUUCUCCCACACCCUCACAAACAAAAAUAAGUGUGUUCCCGUGACCGCCCCCGAGUGGAACCUGCGGGUGUAUAGCCCCACCUCCCGCAAGUACCUUCCCUUGAACCAGGUCCCCCCGAACUGGCAUCUCCAGGAGGCCGUCAAACCGCCGUGCUCGAUUCCGGGGCUGCUCACCACGUCCACGUUGGGGAGUUACGUUCCCUUCCAGAACGGCUCCCUCUUCGUGGUGCACAACAACAAGCUGGUGCAUCCUCCGGACUACUGCAUCGAUUACAACGCCGUGCUGUAUUGUCUCCAGGAAUCGAAGGUGGUGGUGCCGCCUGGGAAUUAUUACGUGGUGGAGGAUGCGGGUGGAUCCCCUAAGAUCAUGAUCUUUCAGGAAAACGUGACAGGUGUGAUUGUCGAAAAAGCACAAGCGCAAGAUGUUAGGUUCAUCAUCUAUCCGAUUGGGUUGGCUCUGGGAGCCGUCUUCUUGGCGGCUACUCUUGCGGCUGGUGCUAUAUUACCAGCCAGCCACCACGUGCUGCACUGGAGGUGCCAAACCAACUACGUCGCGUGUCUUCUUGGAGGUGAUGUUCUUCUGUGCAUCACACAUCUGUCGGGAAGGAUGGACCCCGCAGUUUGUGUGCUAAUUGCCGUAUCGAUGCAUUUCCUCUUUUUGGCGGCCUUCUUCUGGCUGAACACCAUGUGCUUCAACAUCUGGUGGACUUUUCGAGAUUUGAGGCCCCAAAGCGUCGAAAAGAGCCAGGAAAGGUGCAGACUACGACUGUAUAUGAUGUAUGCUUGGGGGGUUCCCUUCAUCAUUGCCGCAACGGCGGCCAUUUUGGAUUCAGUACCGGAUAGCUCUGAUUUCCUGAGGCCGAAAUUUGGAGUCAACACCUGCUGGUUCUAUGGCAAGAUGGAGAUUUUGACGUUCUUCUACGGGCCCAUAGGUGUCCUACUUAUGGUGAAUUUGGCCCUUUUUGCCCUUACAGCGAGGGAACUGACUUGCGGAUUAUGGAAACGAGAGCUGGUCAAGUCUACGUCGGAACGGGCUGCUCUAGGUCGUGUCUGUAUGAAGUUGGUCGUGGUAAUGGGGGUUAGUUGGAUAGCAGACGUCCUUUCAUGGGCGGUUGGUGGUCCUCAGGAACUCUGGUAUUUGACCGAUUUGAUAAAUUGCCUUCAAGGUCUUUUCAUUUUUAUAGUGGUGGGCUGCCAACCUCAGGUUUUAUCAGCAGCAAAAAGGCUUUGGUGUUCUCGUAUGCAUAGAGCUAAUGGGACUGCUGGUACGACCAACCAUCAGUCUUAUAGUUCACAAGGUUUACCAUCCAUGGGUGACACGGUAACUAAUCACAGUGUUACCAACAACACCAAAUCGGUUCCAUUGGAGACUAGCUGUUAAUGGGUGAUAUGUCUUAGCGACAAUGUAAAGAAAUUUAUUUUUAUACGUGGAUUAAACUAGUCAAGUUUUGAAAAUUUGGACGUAGAUAGAAUCAUUCCGUUGUGUUCUUUUUAUUUAUGACUGAUUUUUGUGUAUUUAUCUUGUGACGAAGUUAGAAUUAGUUCCUUAUUUAUGUUGUUGUUAACUUAAGCGUUGUAAAUAUGUCUUUCUCACUAUAGGUUAAGAUUGAGUUUUAUGUUUUAACGACGCCCAGUAUUACGGUAGUUUGUUUUUAAGACUAUCCUGUUUUUUGUGUACAAAUUUUUUAAGUUUUUGUAUAAAUAUGUAAAAGUCAAA